AUGGCUUCCAACACGAACGAACCAAAUACCAAGAGGCAGCGUUUGGAUCAAGAACAGUUAGAAGAUGGUCGGUCACGUUUUACCACCAUCACGCUCGACAUGAAGCGAUAUAGCACGUGGGUUCGUACGCUUUCAGAAGAUGGACUUGUCAGCAUAUUUGAGCUGGGAGUCAAAGUUAGAGAGUCAUUUACCUUAAGUGUAAACGUUAACCAAGCGUUCCUAGAGGAGGCUCUGACCUCUCAGAUGAAACCGAUCCAAGAUAGCGUCUCCAACAUCGAGACAGAGGUAAAGAGCCAGGUAAAUACUGUGCAAGAGAACGUCAGCCGAGAGGUGAAAACACUCAGAGAAGAUUUGAAAGAUUCCCUGACCGAAAGAGUUGAUACCGUUGCUCAGAGGGUGCCGCCACUUAGCAGUUUGAACACCACCAUAACCCAGUCAGAGGAAAACAUUAAGACCCAGAUUAACAGCUCUGAGUCACGCGUACAUGACGGGCUGAAAGAGAUAAAGGAUGAAGUCCACAGGGAAAUGAAAACAUGCAACGACAAACUAGAUCAGAUCUCCAAGAAUUUGAUGAAACCUGGGGUCAAAGGAGUUGUGGGGGAAAUGACUGUGCUAAAAAUUCUAAAACACCGCUUUCCCAGUUGGUCGGUGGAAGACGUCACUUCAACUGGCCAGAAGAUGUGCGAUAUUGUCGCUACAACACCAUUAAACGACAAAAUAAUGAUCGAGGUUAAGAAUCAAACGACAUCAGUUCCCUCUAACGAAUGCAACAAGUUUGAAGAAAACCUGACGGCAUAUUCCAGCUAUAAAGUCGGAAUCCUGUUAUCUUUAAAGAGUGGAAUUUCCAAUCGUUCAUCAGCCAGAGAUUUUGAAGUAAAAUUCCUGCAAACUAAAAAUCAGUACCGGAUCUACGUGCCAAAUGCAAUGCAAGAACCCGAUGGAAAUAGAGUGGUAUGGAGUGUGCUCAUGGCUGAGCAAUUGGCACAAAUACGAAUGGAGUUAACAGGCGAUCAAGUAGAGGGGCUUGAGGAAAUAUGCGCUCAGUUCAAAAAGGACGUGGAGCGAGGAAGAGUUUGUGAAGAAAGUCUUAGGAGUUUGGAGAAGGCGAUGGAGAAGUUAAAAGAAGACAUGUCUCCGUUUUUCGAAACCGUGAGGAAGACAAAAGAAAGUUUACUCAAACUCUUGCAUCCUGUUUCAUAG